AAUCAUUCCCUUUCCACAGCUGCAGAGUAGUAGUACUCCAGUAGCGAGCUCGUGCGCGUCGUCGUCGCCUAAAUCGCCGUGCGGUGUCGUGUUCCGGCGAGCUGGAUUCCUCCGGCGACCCCACCGUCCAGCGGCAGAGAGAGCCGGGGCCAUGGCCAACCCGAGAACGUGAAGUCCUUUGUUGCUUUCCUUCUGUCCAAACCUACCCCCCGCCCCGCUUGCGAGUCACGGGCAAUCCAAUCCGACGACGCGCCCCCUCUCCGCGCUUCCUUGCCUCCUCCGAUGGUGCACAGCCCCAAAACACAGCUCGGCCCCGGUACCACUACCCCCUACACUACACUUCCUCCUCCGCGCCACUAGAUCUCAUCUACUGCCAGCCACCGUCACCGCCACCGCCACCAUAGCUAUCCCGCCCCGGCCCGAGAACAUUCUGCACGCGGCAGCUCGGCACCCGCAGGCCGCAGCUGCACUGCAGCAGCACAAAUGGCCACUGCUACUGCCACCUCCCCUGCUCUCCUCCUACUCCUCCUCUUCCUGCUCAUUGGCGGGGCGCCACCAGCGACCAAGGCUGACAUGCCGAUGCCGGUGAACGAGGAGGUGCUGGGGCUGGUGGUGUUCAAGUCGGCGCUGUCCGACCCGACCAGCGCGCUGGCCACGUGGACGGGGUCGGACGCGACGACGCCCUGCGCCUGGGCGCGCGUGGAGUGCGACCCGGCCACCUCCCGCGUGCUCCGCCUCGCGCUCGACGGGCUCGCGCUGUCCGGCCGCAUGCCCCGGGACCUCGACCGCCUGCCGGCGCUCCAGUACCUCUCCCUCGCCCGCAACAACAUCUCCGGCCCGCUCCCGCCGGGCCUCUCCCUCCUCGCCUCCCUCCGCUCCCUCGACCUCUCCUACAACGCCUUCUCCGGCCCGCUCCCCGACGACAUCGCGCGCCUCGCCUCCCUCCGCUCCCUCGACCUCACCGGCAACGCCUUCUCCGGCCCGCUCCCGCCCGCCUUCCCCGAGACGAUCCGCUUCCUCGUGCUGUCCGGCAACCAGUUCUCCGGCCCCGUGCCGGAGGGGCUGGCGUCUGGGAGCCCGCUCCUGCUCCACCUCAACGUGUCCGGCAACCAGCUGUCCGGCUCGCCGGACUUCGCGGGCGCGCUCUGGCCGCUCCAGCGCCUGCGCACGCUCGACCUCUCCCGCAACCAGUUCUCCGGCCCCGUCACCGGCGGCAUUGCCAGGCUCCACAACCUCAAGACCCUCAUCCUCAGCGGCAACCGGUUCUUCGGAGCCGUCCCGGCGGACAUCGGCCUGUGCCCGCAUCUCAGCGCCAUCGACCUCAGCUCCAACGCGUUCGACGGCCACCUCCCUGACUCCAUCGCCCAGCUCGCCUCGCUGGUCUACCUGUCCGCGUCCGGGAACCGGCUCUCCGGCGACGUCCCCGCCUGGCUCGGCAAGCUGGCAGCGGUGCAGCACGUGGAUUUAUCCGACAACGCGCUCACCGGAGGCUUGCCGGACUCGCUCGGCGACCUCAAGGCGCUCAGGUACCUGAGCCUAUCCAGGAACCAGCUCUCGGGCGCCGUCCCGGCCUCCAUGUCCGGGUGCACCAAGCUCGCCGAGCUGCACCUGAGGGGCAACAACCUCAGCGGCAGCAUCCCGGACGCUCUGCUCGACGUCGGGCUCGAGACGCUCGACGUGUCGUCGAACGCGCUCUCGGGCGUCCUCCCCUCGGGCUCCACCAGGCUGGCCGAGACGCUGCAGUGGCUCGACCUCUCCGGCAACCAGCUCACUGGCGGCAUCCCCACCGAGAUGUCGCUCUUCUUCAAGCUCCGGUACCUCAACCUGUCCCGCAACGACCUCCGCGCGCCGCUGCCGCCGGAGCUCGGCCUGCUCCGCAACCUGACGGUGCUCGACCUGCGUAGCACUGGGCUGUACGGCGCCGUGCCAGCCGACUUCUGCGAGUCCGGUAGCCUCGCCGUGCUCCAGCUCGACGGCAACUCCCUCUCCGGCCCCAUCCCCGACAGCAUCGGAAACUGUUCUUCCCUGUACCUCCUGAGCUUGGGGCACAACGGCUUGACGGGGCCGAUCCCGGCGGGCAUCUCGGAGCUGAAGAAGCUGGAGAUCCUGCGGCUGGAGUACAACAAGCUGAGCGGCGAGAUCCCGCAGCAGCUGGGCGCGCUGGAGAACCUGCUGGCCGUGAACAUCUCGCACAACCGGCUGGUGGGGCGGCUGCCGGCGUCGGGCGUGUUCCAGAGCCUGGACGCGAGCGCGCUGGAGGGCAACCUGGGCAUCUGCAGCCCGCUGGUGACGGAGCCGUGCAGGAUGAACGUGGCCAAGCCGCUGGUGCUGGACCCCAACGAGUAUACGCAGGGCGGCGGCGGCGGCGACAACAACCUGGAGACGGGCGGCGGCGGUGGUGUAGAGGCGCCGAGGAAGCGGCGGUUCCUGAUGAGCGUGUCCGCCAUGGUGGCCAUCUUCGCGGCGGUCGCGAUCGUGCUCGGCGUCAUCGUGAUCACGCUGCUCAGCGUGUCGGCCCGGCGGAGGGUCGAGGCUGCGGGUGUUGGAGGCCCUGGCCACGACCGGAAGGAGGUGGACGAGAGCAUCGUCACCACCAGCUCGACGACGACGACCAAGUCAUCGUCGUCGCCGCCGCCCGGGGGCAAGGUAAAGGAAAAGCUCGCCACCGGCAAGAUGGUGACGUUCGGGCCCGGGAGCAGCCUCCGGUCGGAGGACCUCGUGGCGGGCGCCGACGCGCUGCUGAGCAAGGCAACAGAGAUCGGGCGCGGCGCGUUGGGCACGGUGUACCGCGCGGCCGUGGGCGACGGGCGGGUGGUGGCGGUGAAGAAGCUGGCGGCGGCUCACCUGGUGCGGUCGCGCGAGGAGUUCGAGCGGGAGGUGCGCGUGCUGGGAAAGGCGCGGCACCCAAACCUGCUGGCGCUGAGGGGCUACUACUGGACGCCGCAGCUGCAGCUGCUGAUCACGGACUACGCGGCGCACGGCAGCCUGGAGGCGCGGCUGCACGGCGGCGGAGAGGCGGCGCCGAUGACGUGGGAGGAGCGGUUCCGCGUGGUGUCCGGGACGGCCCGGGCGCUGGCGCACCUGCACCAGGCGUUCCGGCCGGCGCUGGUCCACUACAACGUGAAGCCGAGCAACAUCUUGCUGGCGGACGCGGAGUGCAACCCGGCGGUGGGCGACUUCGGGCUGGCGCGGCUGCUGCAUGGCAGUGGCAGUGGCAGGCAGGUGGCGAUGGCGGGCAGCCGGUUCCGGCAGGGCGGCGGCGGCGGGAUGGGGUACGUGGCCCCGGAGCUGGCGUGCCAGAGCCUGCGGGCGAACGACAAGUGCGACGUGUACGGGGUGGGCGUGCUGAUCCUGGAGCUGGUGACGGGGCGGCGCGCGGUGGAGUACGGGGACGACGACGUGGUGGUGCUGACUGACCAGGUGCGCGCGCUGCUGGAGCACGGCAACGCGCUGGAGUGCGUGGACCCGGGCAUGGGCGGACGCGGGCACGUCCCGGAGGAGGAGGUGGUGCCGGUGCUGAAGCUGGGCAUGGUGUGCGCGUCGCAGAUCCCGUCCAACCGGCCGUCCAUGGCGGAGGUGGUCCAGAUCCUGCAGGUCAUCAAGGCGCCCGUGGGCGGCGGUGGCAGAAUGCAAGCCUCCUUCUGAUCCGGGCGCCGUGACCGUUGGGCGUUGGCAUGCGUUGCAGGCAGGGCAACGGCAUCUCUGGCCUGGCUCGGUCGGCGGCAGCCCGCUGCAAGUACUAUGUGUGCAUUCAUGCUAGUAUAGCAUGGCAAGCACAGUAGGGCUAGGGACGAGGGCAGCUUCUAGCUCCGUCUCUUUUUCCAUGCAUGCGUGUCCAUUCAUUUUCAGCCCCACUGUAUGUACCUUGUACUUGUACGGGCUUCUCUUCUCCUCGCCUGUUGGAUGUGGGUGGUUGUCAGCUCGAAACCGCCUUCUCUUUCACUACACUGCUGUACUGUAAAAAACAGUACGCUGUCACGCACUGUGCGGUUGGGUC